AUGGACACCCUUGCGACGCAUGAUAGAUAUUUUGUUCAACGGAAGGGCUGCACCGGAAUGCUAGGCUUAUCAAGCUAUCAAAAAGGCACAGCAGCUCUUCGCAUGCUUUCAUACGGAUCCGCUGCAGACUCUAUGGACGAGUACGUCCGUAUGAGGGGGUCUACAGUCUCAAAAACCUUACAACAUUUUACCAGAGGAAUAAUUGCCGCAUACAGUCCUACGUAUAUGCGGCACCCCACUAGUGAUGAUAUGGUGCGGAUCCUUGCUCUUUCAGAAAAACGGGGGUUCCCGGGGAUGCCUGGAAGCAUCGACUGCUGUAAAUGGGUGUGGAAGAAUUUCCCCACCGCGUGGCACGGCCCAUAUCAAGGAAAAGAGGGAGUUACCUCUGUCACUCCAGAGGCAAUUGCUGAUCAGGCUCUCUGGAUUUGGCAUGCCUUUUUUGGGAUGCCUGGCUGUAAUAACAAUAUAAACGUACUUGAGGCAUCCCUUUUGCUAAAUAACAUCGCAAAUGGAAACUAUCCCCCUCCUGUCGAGUACAGUAUAAUGGGCGUCAAGCGAAAUGUCCCCUACUGGUUAGCGGACGGGAUCUAUCCUAAGUGGCCGGUUUUUGUACAUACCGUAGCUGAACCAUUAACAGAGAAAGAAAAGUGUAUGACGAGACACCAAGAAGCUGCUCGUAAGGAUGUGGAGCGAGAGUUUGGUGUUUUGAAGUCGAAAUGGAACAUUAUUUCUCGUCCUGGACGGUUUUGGGGUACGUCAUUCAUGCAUGACGUAAUGAAUUGUUGUAUCAUACUCCAUAACAUGUGCGCUGAGGACAGACAGGACGACAAUGACCCCCAUUUUCGCGAACAACCAUUCUCUAGAGUUGUAAUAGGGAAUGAUGCUACCCCUUUAUGGGGUGAGCAAGGAAACACGGUGGGACCUGCGACUGCCCCGGUUGGAAGCUUUUCGGCCCUUUACGCCACAUCUGCAAAAACGAAAGACCACCAAGGAUAUAUGAGGACUAGGGCGUUGAUAAUUGACCAUCGGUGGUAG